AUGGCGCAGCCCCAUGUCAACGAGACACUACUCGACGUCCACAAACCCUUUGCGGAGUGCGCGUUCGGCCUCGACCGCCGUCUCACGAAGGCCGUGGCCAAGAUGCAGUUCGUUCACGCAACGCUCGUGCAGCUGCACUGCAUUCCACUGGCUCUACAAGGCAAAGACCUGCUCGUGCGUGCCCGGACCGGUUCUGGCAAGACAGCAGCCUUUGCAUUGCCGCUACUGCACAAGAUACUGCAGACCAAGCUACAGGACACCACUGGUGCUGCUGUCCGUGCGCUCGUGUUGGUGCCAACAAAGGAGCUGGUGGAGCAAACGCGACGUCAUCUGCUUGAGCUCAUGCACUACUGCCAAGACACGGUAAGUGUUUUGGCACUAGGUGGCCAGAGCAUGAACGCUCAGCAGGCGCUGCUGCGUGACGCGCCAGACGUGCUUGUAGCCACGCCUGGUCGUCUUGUGGCCCACUUGGACGCUGGCAAUUUGACGCUCAAGGACUCUGUGCAGACGGUCGUGAUUGACGAAGCGGACUUGGUGCUGUCAUUUGGAUAUGGAGAGGACAUCCGGACGAUUGUCAAUGCGCUGCCAAAAGCAUGUCAGACGUUUUGCAUGUCGGCGACGUUAAGUCCAGAGCUCGAGACCCUGAAGCGCUCAGUGCUGCACAAUCCAGCGGUCGUGAAGCUCGAGGAAGGUGCGACAGAUGGAAAACUUCAGCAGUUUUACUUGCCGGUGAAGGCCGCAGACAAAGACUUGCUGCUGUACGCACUGCUGCGACUUGGUGUCGUGAGCGGCAAGGUGAUCUUCUUUGUCAACUCAACUCCUGCUGCGUACCGACUCAAGCUAUUCUUUGAGCAGUUUGUAAUCAAGAGCGCGGUGCUCAAUGCGAAGUUGCCCCACAACUCGCGCCAGCACAUUAUUGAGGAGUUUAACCGCGGCUUGUUUGACUACCUCAUUGCUACCGACGACAGCGUCGAUCGCGACGAAAAUGGCGACGAGGACGACGACCAAGAAGGGGUCGAAGAAGACGAGGGUGCGGAAGAAGACGGAGGUGAGGACGAAGAGGAGGAGAGCACAGAGGAGUCGGGCGUGGGGUCUACUAGCGCCGGGAUAGAGAAUGACGAAGAGAGCGACAGCGAUGACGAGAGUGACAAACCAGAAGAUGAGAACAGCGAGAUGGAGGACGAAGGUAUGGGUAGCGACAAGAAUGAGGCAUCCGAAAACGGCGAUGCUGACAAGAUGCAGGACAAUGAAGUGGUUGGUGCAAAGCACGGUCGCGCUGAUGACAAGAGCUAUGGGGUGUCGCGCGGUGUUGACUUCCGCGGUGUUAAGUUUGUCAUCAACGUGGACUUUCCUAAAAGCGUGCGUGCGUAUACACACCGCAUCGGACGCACUGCUCGUGGUGGUGCAUCUGGCACAGCAUUGUCUUUGGUGGCCAAAGAAGACUUGAAAGAAGAGCGUGCACUGAAGCGUGUACAAGCCAAGCAGCAGGCUGUGCGCUCCGAGUCAAAUGACGUUAUCGCCCAGCCCGCUGAGCUAGCGUUCGACCUCAAGGAAAUUGAUUGCUUUCGCUACCGCGUGGAAGAUGUCCGUCGUGCGGUUACACGUGUGGCUGUACGCGAGGCUCAGCUCGCUGAUGUAAAGAAGGAGAUACUGAACUCUGAGCGUCUAGCAGCACACUUUGAGGCGAACCCUCGCGAUCUGAAUAUGCUCGAGCACGACAAGGUGGUGGGCUCCGCACCUGUGCAGCCCCACUUGGCAACUAUCCCGGACUACCUCGUGCCUAUCGAGCUGCAACCACCAGCACCAGCUCGUACGAAGAGGAAACACAACAAGCGGCAACGCCUUACGGGCGGCAAGCGUCGUACUGAUAAUGACCCGCUGCACACGUUUGAGGCACCUGACGUUGGCGGCGACAAGAAACAGACCGUGGAGGAUCGUAUCAGCUAUGGUAAUACCGGCGUGGGAAAGAGCACUGCUGGUCGUCAGAAGUGGAAGAAGCAGCACCGUAAGGGCUCUUUCAAUCCAAAGACGAUCGCCAAGAAGAAGUAUAAGAUGAGCAAGGGUGCCACACACUAA